AUGAUGCUUGGCUUCGUUUUCAAUUCAAACGCGCAAGAAAGUCACGUGAAAGCCAUGUACGGCAGCGAUGUUGCGUUGGAUCUUGGCGAGGCGUCGAGCUACACUCGAAACACCGGCGACGGCGUCAUCGAAGUUUAUCGGCGAUGUGCUGCCGACAAUUGCGGCCAUUGGUUGAAUCCGACGAGCAUGACGAGAAGCGCGACGGCCGCCGAGACGGUUGUCGAUGACGGCCGACUCAUUCUCAAAUCGGUCUCGUUGGAGGACAGCGGAAUUUACGAAAGCGACGAGAAGCGAAUCAUUUUGAGAGUUUUGGUGGCCUGA